AUGUUUCAUUUAGCUACGAAAUUUCCUUCACUCGUAUAUACCAGUAUCAAUCACAGAUUAUCAGCUGUAUUCUCCUCAAAAGUUGACUCAUUGUAUAGUGUUUUCGGGCUCUCAAGCAAUGCGACUCACCAAGACAUCAAAGAAGCCUUCUAUCGACUGUCAAAAAUAUACCAUCCUGAUGUGACUGAUGAUCCUAACUCUAGAGAAAGUUUCAUGAGUUGA